GUAAUAGUCUUACCUUUGGAUGACCUCUUGCAUUGAUUGGUUUUCACGUGUGCGACAGAAGCCAAGACAAACUGUGCAAAAUGAUCGACUGCAAGCUUGUGACGUUAAAGAUUUACUAUUUCUUAUUCUUUGGAGGUAUUGCAUGCUUUGUUCCCUACAUCUCUGUGUACCUACGACAACUCGGCCUCCUGCCCUACCAGGCUGGUAUCAUCAGCGGAACCUACCCUUUCUUCACCUUCCUCCUCAAGCCUAUCCUCGGUGCUGCAGCAGACAAGUUCGACAGACACAAGCAGAUACACAUGCUGUGCCUCUUCUUAACAUACUGCCUCAUGUUUUGUACUAUGUUCGUGCCUCCGGUGAAUAGGGGGCAGCUACAAAUCGGCAAUGACUGUAUCUCGUGCGAGUCAUGCUGUGGAAAUUCUACGACAGAACAUACGCUCUUGCGGUCUCCAGUGCUACUGUUGCUAGGGGGGGACACUAUUUUGCAAAAAUGCAGUUUUUGA